AUGAUUGGCUCGUUGAUCAUCAAUCGUCGCAAAAACUUCAGUAUCCUUCGAGGAGAUCUCAAUGCCCGCUCUGGAACUCUGUCGCCCACAAAUGAGGGACGUCCCAUGCUGUCCGACGACGAGGGUCACGCGGCAAGCCGACUUCAGAAACGCACCUGCUUGGGCAAGGAAUUCGACAUGCCCGACUCUUCAGUUUUCGCCGACAACUUGCACAGCAGAAUCUUGCAAAAGUUCCCUUUUCUGAUAGAAAUGUUCUACUGGGCCCUCAACUAUGCGGCAUACAGUUUCACAAAGGCCAUCGCCGCUUCUCUCUAUGCGACAAAGGACGGCGUCACCGAGCUCGCCCAAGAGCACGGAAUCAGCAUUCUCAACUUUGAGCACGAUUCGAUGUUUUCCAUCUUCUUCCCUAUCAAGGAGGUGGAUUUCCAGACCUUCUUUACUACAGGCCACCCACUCAUGUUGACCUUCUUUAACCGCAUCUACUCAUUGGUUCAUAUUCCGGGAACCGUCACACGUACCAUGACUUUGGGCAACUUUGCUGCAUUCUUUGUCUUCUGUUUUUACCCUUGCAUGCCACCACGCCUUUUGCCAAAGGAAUUUGGCUUCCACGACACAGUCCGUCAAGACAACGCCGAAAGUGUCUGGGUAGGCGGCAAGAACGUCAACCAACUCGCAGCCAUGCCUAGUCUUCAUUUCACCUACGCAUUCGUAAUUGGCUGCACCUUCAUCUACCAUUCUGGCAUCCACUGGCGUUCUGAGAACAAGGCAAUUCAACAAUCAACCUUUGGAAGAUGUCUCUGGUUGUUGGCUGGACUUUUCUACCCUCUGUUGGUCUUGUCUGUUAUUGUCGCAACUGCCAACCACUACUACCUGGAUGCUGUGGUGGCUCUUUUAACGACUUCUGUUGCGUUCUUCAUCAACAGAAUUUGGAUGCUUUUGUUGCCCGCUGAGGGUAUGCUGCUUUGGGUACUGCGCCUGAAGAAACCUGUUCCUACCACCGGACAACGCCUACGAACAGCCAACCUGAAGGUCAAAGAAGAUGGGAUCGACUACCGUUAUGAGGUUGUGUAG